AACGAGAGCGCUUCUUCGGCGAGUAAAAAUGAGUUGUUGCUGGACACGAAGUACUACUCAGCUCGUGUGAAGAUAAUUUCACUGAAGACUGUGGAGGAAGCGCAACAGUGGCACUCCUCAUCAUCGAAAGAUAGCGGUGUUGGUGCCGUUAUCUUUCGGUAUGAGGAAAACGAAAGUGCUUCUUCGGCGAGCAAAAAUGAGUUGUUGCUGGACACCAAGUACUACUCGGCUCGUGUGAAGAUAAUUUCACUGAACACUGUGGAGGAAGCGCAACAGUGGCACUCCUCAUCAUCGAACGACAGCAGUGUUGGCGCCGUUAUCUUUCGGUAUGAGGGUGAAUUUGGGACGCCGGAGCAGCUUACGGCGCAAUUAUAAAGCUGGUCGGAAAAUUUACGUCACAUAUGUGUUGCGAAAGGCGCUGAAUUGAUUGAGCUUGAUCCGGAUAAAGUAAGAAAAAUUGAAAAACACAAAGAUGAUAAGAAAUCGAGCAAAAAUAUGGGCAUCAUUUCGAAUAAAUGGUGGGAAUCAAGUUUGGACGCCUUGCUUGCUUGGCUGGAAUUGGCAAGAGAAACAAUAGAAGAUCUGAAUGAAUGCUGCGAGUUAUACGGCGUAUCGCGCAUCAGACAAGUUUUGGAAGCAGGCAAUUGGCGCGAUAAAAUUCUGAAAAAUAAUGCAACGAGUUCAGCGGGAAAGCCUAUUAGCGCUAUGAUCUCUGAUCGUACCAGCCCAGCAGCAAAAACUUCCGAAGAUUCAUUCGAUGAUGAUGAUAUGACGGAAGAGGAUCGAGAAAUGAUAUUGGAAUUGUUUGGAACUGACACGCCGUUUGCUAGUCUGGCAAAGGACUGUGAUGAGCCGGACCCGGCAGUUAUCGAAUAUUUUAAAUUGGAAGCGGAAAAAUUAAAACAACAAAAUAAGAAAUGUUCAAAAAAGCAGAAAAAGAAGCCGAACAAAGAAGUAAAUGUCUCCGAAGUGAACGAAUUUGGUGAGUUUGUUUGUGCGAACGAUUCCAAAAAAACUUCAAGUGUUGCGGUAACGCAAAAUUCUUCAACUGCCAGCUCAGCACUUGGCGAACAGGUUGAAGCCAGUCGCGCUGUGCAAGAGAACUCUGGGGAAACAGUGCCGCAUUUUUCGAAAUGCGACGAAUCAGAGACUCCGGACGAAGGAUCUGGCGAAAACUUGCGCGAAAUGAGUGACGUUGCACGGUCAAUGAUUGAUGGACUGAUUGAUAAGAGCACGGCACAAAAUGAAACUGGCAAGGACGUAGCCGAUUUGGCAAACAAAUUUGAAGAGGUGAAUUCUAUUGGAAGAUAA